AUGUUCUCAGAAAUGCUGUAUGAAGGUAAAGUGUGGAUACAGUGUGAGAAUAGCAACUGUUUAAAAUGGAGAUUAUUACCACAUGAUAAUGCUACAUAUGUUGAUCCCAAUGAACCAUGGUACUGUUAUAUGAACAGUGAUCCACAGUUUAAUAAAUGUUCUGUUUCUGAACAGUAUUUUCCUAAGGAGUCUCAAUUUCAAAAACAUGGAUUAAAGUAUGUGUAUUCAGAACUUCCUUUAGGAAGUUUAGUUUUGGUGAAGACACAAACAUGGCCAAGGUGGCCUGGCAUUCUUUGUCCUGAUCCUGUUGAUAGUCAGUAUGUGAAAUAUGACUUGGAUGGAGAUGUUGAAAGUCAUCAUGUAGAAUUUCUGGGGAAGCCGCAUUCCAGGGGUUGGGCUGCCAUGAAACACAUUGAUCAUUACCCUAGUUCAUUUAAGCCAGAUGUAUGCAAGAGGAAAAAAGCCUGGUAUAAAAGUGCAUUGGAAGAAGCAAACACAUUAUUUGCGUAUUCUGCUCAAGAAAGGCUUGAAAUGUGCUACCUAUCUAAGAAGGGCACAGCAAAGGAAAAAGAAGCCAAAUCAAAAACAGGCACAAUAAUAUGCAAAAAGAUGAUUAAAGGAAAAAGAAUGCUUACAUGUUCACUUGAAAUAGCAAGCUCGGAAGAUAUCCUGUCAGCAGAAAAUCUAGUUGUCUCCGAGACAGAAAUUAUACUGAAAGAUUUGGACCAAAUUCUCAAGCAUGUUGCAGCCAUCUCUGAGCCGUCUUCCAGGUCAUUUGUCGAUGGAGAGGACAAUAAUGUGAGGGAAGAGGUAACUAGCUGCUGCAUGGAGUUUACUGAAAAAAGGCCAAUGGAAAUCAACACCCAGGAGGACUGUAUUAUAAUUGAUGGGAAAGCUUUCAAGGCUGGAGAGUGCAUUGAGAGCAUAACAGACAGGUUUAAGGAAAUAGAUUCUUUAAUGGCGGAAUUCCAAGACAGCUUGUAA